ACAAUAAUAAACCGAAGAGAAAAAUAAAAAUCUUGUGUCAAAUUUUUCACACUCCACAGCCUAAACCCAACAAAAUCACAAAACAAUAAAAAAUAAUAAAUAAUGGGUGGCUGUGCGAGUAGACCCAAGGAAUCAGACAUGAACAACGAAGAAGGCUCUGUUCCUAACAAGCAUGUGUCUGAAACCGUAGUAGCCAAGGAGAACAACACAGAAAGCGGUGAGAAACAGAACCAGACUGAGACCACUGAAACAACUUCUGUCGAAGUUAAGGAGACAUCUCAGGUCGAGGCGACCAAGGAAACAACUCCUGCAGCUGAACCAGAGGUUGUAGCCGUGGAAGAGUCUUCUUCUGCUGGUGAGGCUCCUGUAGCAGAAGCAGCACCUGAGAAGGUGGAGAACGUAGCGGCUGCAACAGAAAACGCUGAGGCAGAGGUUGAGGUUGCGGUACCUGCACCUGAAAAGGUUGAGGUUGUUGCCGAAGCCCCGAAAACUGCUGACGCGGAACCAGUAAAGGUUGAAGCUGAACCAGUAAAGGCUGAGGUUGAACCAGUAAAGGUGGAGGCUGAACCAGUUAAGGAGGAGAGUAAACAAGAAGAGAAAGAAGCUGUUAUCACUGCUUAAUGAUGUGAUUAAAUUUGUGAAAGUAUUUUGAAUGUUGUCGUUGUUGUUGUUGUUGUUGUUGUAUGUCACCUUGAUUUGAUUUGCUACUACCAGAUUGGUUUGGCUUUGUUUGUUCUUUGUAUUUCACAAUGAUUCUUCUUUGAUUCAAUUAAAUAUAAAUCAGUUUUGCUCCAUGAAA